AUGCUGGGCGGGUGUUUCUGUCUGCGUUGGCCGCGGCGGCGUCGAUGUCGGGAGAGGCGGGGGCCGCCGGCGCGGGCCGGCCUCUGCGCGAAUGCGGCCGUGGGAUCGGCGGCGAUUGGCGAAAAGGUGCAGCUCGGAUCGGACGGGAUUCGAGAUGUUGGGGAGGAGUCGGUCGGCCGGGGGAUGGCCGUGAGCAAUUCGGGGCUGUUGGAGAGGACGUGUUGGCGAUGGAUUGUUUUUAUUGGUGUGGUGGAAGAAGGCAACAGCUGCAAGUAUUUGUGGUGGUUGGGAGUGGGGUCUGAGGGGCGGGAAGUGGUGAAAAAAGCUGCGUUUUGGGGAAUGGAGCAAGGCGGGGAUUGGAGGCCGCUGCCGGCGGGGCAAUGGCCCGUCCCCGCAGUGGCGGUGGUUUCGGGAUGCGCUCUCGGGUGUUGGGCGCGUUGGGCGUGA